GUGCUACACUUGUGUUUAACGAGUGUUAGUCCUGCUUCCAUUUUCCACGACACUCCCGAUGACUGACGACGAAAGCGUACACGGUGUAGGACUAAUAAGCAAACUUAGCCAAACAAUUAUUUUCUCUCCUUAGGCAUCUCUGAGCUUUACAUCCCAGAGAGCGACCUGGUGCACAAUUCGGGCUCCGGAACUACGUCUUCAUUUAAUAGGAAAGCCCGAGAGAAUGAAGCUCAAAGAGCUGCACGCGUUGAUGCAGGACAUUGCCCCCUUCCCCAACCCCAAGGUGGAGCUCGAGCAGUAUCCCACGGGGCCCCACCUCGCAUCACAAUUGCUGUUUGCCGUAGACUCGUCGUACGAUGAGCUGGCAGGCAGUACAGUCGUGGAUCUGGGCUGCGGCACGGCCAUGUUGUCCAUCGGUGCCGCCCUCCUGGGCAGCCGCCACGUGCUGGGUCUGGACAUUGAUGCGGAGGCGCUGGAAGUGGCGGGGGAGAACGCGGCGCAGUACGAGGAGCCGCUGCCGAUCGACUUUCUUCUGGCGGAUGUACGGCAGCUACCUAGGCAGUUGCCCAGGCUUCGAGCUGACGUGGUGAUCAUGAAUCCGCCGUUCGGUACCAAACAAAAGGGCGUGGACCUGGCCUUCCUUCGCUCCGCAUUCCACAUCGCCACCACUUCCAUCUAUUCCCUUCACAAAUCCUCCACACGGGAAUUCAUCGCCAAGACCGCCAAAAGGGAGCUGGGAGCCGGUAGUGCGGAGGUGGUUGCUCAGUUAAGAUACGACCUCCCAGCCACCAUGAAAUUCCACAAGCAAAAGAGUGUGGAUAUCGAGGUGGACCUCUGGAGGUUUCAAGUGGGGGCCUAGGGGGUUCCGCGUCCAGGGAGGGGGAAAGCACGUGUGUGUUUUAGUUUUAUUAAGGGGGGAAGGGGGAGAGAGAGGAGGGGCCCUAUCGUUGGGUUGGUAAGUUACCGGGUGCGUGGGGUUAUAUGCAUGCAAGUAUCGCAUGUGAAAUGUAAAUGGAAAGGACUGAUGCAAAGGGUCAGGGAACUCGAGGGCAGUCGUAGUAUGGAAAAGAUGGCGGUUGGCGGGCGUGUGUCUCAUUCCCCAGGGGGGGAUAAACAUGCUUGUGUGGGUGUUGGCGGGACAGAGGAAGAGGGGGCCCGGUGUAGUGGUUAUGGUAGUUGGUGGUUGACGGUUGUAGUGGUAAGGUCUAACCUAGCCGAGAUUCGGGCGAGAGAGCGGAAGCUGGCCAUAAUUGUGAUGCACACGUCCUCCAGACGGGACAGCCCAACUUCCAAAGCGGAUUUCAAUUUCCGUGUCGCUUCUAUACAAGAGCG